AUGAAGUUUGGGGGGAAGGGGAUGAUCCAGCUGGUACUGCUAUGCAACAAUUGGGUGUGGAAAAACGAGUAUACGCCAAGUAUACGCAGGGAUGGAGUGGUUGUGAACUUGUUUAAGAAAGGAGACAAGACUGACCCAGGAAACUACAGGGGGAUCACACUGUUGAACACAGUAGGAAAAGUGUUCUGUUUCCGAAAGAAGAGGGGGUGCGUAGACCACGUAUUCACGGUAGGGAGAAUCAUCCAAGGUAAAAUGUGGAGAGUGCUGAAGAAGAUGACAGAGUGUACGAAAAGCGCGGUCAUGCUAGACGGAGAACUGUCAAAAUUCUUCGACAUUGAGCAGGGGGUCCCACAAGGUUGCACGCUGUCCCCAACAUUGUUCCAGGUGUUCAUCAAUGAUCCGUUGGAAGUCGUAGAGGCAGUCCAGAAGGGAAUAAAAGUAGGGGACACGGAAACGUCGGUUUCAGGAAUGCUGUUUGCGGAUGAUUUUGUCGGUAUGUCGGACACCCCUGAGGGACUGCAACUGCAAAUUGACGCGGCGAAGAAGUUUACUGAUAAGUGGAGAUUGUCUGCCAACGUUCAGAAGAGUGCCGUCAUGGUUUGCAACGAGAACAAGGAGGAACCAGUAGAACAUAGAUGGAAGUGGGGGAUCGAGGAGAUUGCAGUAGUGGACCAGUACACAUACCUCGGAGUAGAGAUCGCAAAAGACUGCUCGUGGAAUGCACACAUGUCCAAGGUAGCGGAAAAGGGCAAAGCACGAGCAGGGAAGCUGCACCCAAUACUCGCAAACCGGCACCUCGAUACACGCAUCAAAUUGACGGUUUUGAAGAGCGUAAUCGUACCGCCGCUAGAGUACGCCGGAGAAGUAUGGGAAGGAAAUAAGAAGGUAGUGAAAGAACUCGAGGCGGCGCAGAUGAAAGCAGCGAAAAUCAUCCUAGGAUGCUCCAGGCGCACAAGUAAUGCAGCCGUGAGGGCAGAAUUGGGGAUCCAAUCCCUACGGUCGGGAAGAGACGCGAGGAAGCUGACAUGGCAGUAUCGCAUGUGCGGGAUGGGAGAGGAGAGGGUGCCGAGAAUUGUAUGGGAGGCGAAGUGGGCAAACAAAAACAGGGACAGACAACCCACGGAACGGGUCAAGGUUGUAGAGGACGUAUGUAAGGGGCUCGACAUCGACGAAGAUGAAACGCUGGAAACGGAGGGUCUACAGGGGUUCAAGGAGAAGAUAUAUCUGUUGCUUGUGACGAGAGAGAACAGAAUCUAAGGAAAAAAUGCAAGGAUAAGG